AUGAGCAGUCCUGAUGCGGGGUACGCCAGCGACGAUCAAACCCAGGCAAGGUGCGCGAUGUCAGUCAUGAUGCCUGGAAUGGGACACUGUCAGUGGGCUGACCCUCUCAGUCCUCUCGGGGACGCCAAAGUUAAAAGUGAGCCGUGCGCGUCUGCUUCAAGCGCUCAGAACCGAGGAGGAAAGAGCGAACCUCGGAUUCGGAGGCCCAUGAACGCAUUUAUGGUGUGGGCCAAAGAUGAGAGGAAGAGACUUGCGCAGCAAAACCCAGACCUGCAUAACGCAGAGCUCAGCAAAAUGUUGGGGAAGUCAUGGAAGGCCCUUCCUGUGACAGAGAAGCAGCCGUUUGUAGAGGAGGCCGAGCGCCUGAGGGUGCAGCACAUGCAGGAUCACCCCAACUACAAGUACCGGCCGCGCAGGCGAAAACAAGUCAAGAGGAUAAAGAGGCUGGACUCUGGCUUUCUGGUGCACGGACCCCCAGAGCACCAAGGACUGUCAGGGGAUGGCCGUGUGUGUGUGGAAGGACUAGGCCUGGGCUACCACGAGCACAACUUCCAGCUUCCACCUCAAGCCAUGGGCCACUACAGAGAGUCUCAGGCCUACGAGAGCUACAGCCUGCCCACUCCAGACACCUCUCCCCUGGACGCUGUCGAGCCUGACUCCAUGUUCUUCUCUGCACACUCGCAGGACGACUGCCACAUGAUGCCCUAUGCUUACCACUCCCAGGGGUCUGAGUACCUGCCACAGGACUCUCACUCAGGUCAUCUCCCCAACCCCAAUUUCCCCCGGCACUCCUCUGGUCAGGAGGGCCAACAGGGCUCUGUACCCCCAGCCCUCCCUCCUUCUUACAUUGGAUGCCCCAACCCUUUGGCCAUGUAUUACAGUCAGCCCAGCCACCCAAAGCGGCACCCAGCAGCAGGACAGCUCUCCCCCCCUCCAGACCCCCACUCGGCAGAGACCGUGGAGCACAUGCCUCACUCUGAGCUGCUGUCCGAGGUGGACCGCAGUGAGUUUGAGCAGUACUUGAGCUCGUCUGUGGCGGCGCGUGCAGACAUGACAGGCCUGCCCUACGCGCCACACGACUCUGGAAUGCAAGGACCAGAGAGCCUCACAUCAUCAGUUCUGUCAGACGCCACCACAGCUGUGUAUUACUGUAGCUACAACAACUCCUAA